GCCCGUUCCUGUUUGUUCUUUAACAAGAUAUAAAAGGAGAUGACGACACCCAACAACCCUUUUUACGAGCUCAAUCCGGAUAUUAGAAGUCUACUGACUAUCGAGACUUUCCGAGAAAAUGUUUCAACAACAGACUUUAUUGAGAGAAUCUCAGCUACAGUCAUUGAUCAGAUGAAAGAUGCCAACGGAAAACCAACGACUUUUGACCCAAAGCCAUUUAUUCGUACCUUUGAAAAUGUCUUGGAAGAACUUCAGCAUUUGAAAACACGUGUACAAGAACAAUGCAGUGAAUUGGAAAAUAGUACACAAACAGCAGAAUUGGAAUAUAAGAGAAACAUUACCGAUUUGCAUGGAGCUUUUGAUGAUGUGUAUCGUUCUUAUGAUAGUUUGGAAAGUAGAAUUGGAGAUGUAGGUAAAACAGCUAUCCGUAUCGGUGAGCAGUUAGAGACCAUCGAUAAAGAAAGAUCAAAAGCAUCCGAAAGUCGUGAUAUUAUUGAAUAUUUUAUGGAAUUUCAAGAUGGCAAUACGGAGAGAUUGGAUUCUUUGAGACAAGGCGGAGAGGAAGGGCAAUUAAAGACGGCCAUUAUCAGUAGAAGAUUAAAUGCCGUGGCAAAAGAUGUGGAUAAUGACAAGGAAGCAAGAAUGGCCAUCGAGAAAUUCUGUGAGAGCUUUGAAAAAGAGAUUUUGAUGGAAUUCGAUAAAGCAUAUGAGGAAAGUGACCCUCGUGUGAUGGCACAUUGUGCAAAAGUAUUAUUUGAAUUCAACGGAGGAGCCUCGUGCGUGCAACUUUAUGUGAAUCAGCACGAGUUUUUCAUGUCUAAUAUGAAAAUUGAGGAGAUUGAUCAAGUCAGAGAUUCAGAAGACAAUGCUGAUCUGUCAAACCCCAAUUUAUUACCACCAGAGGUAGAUACCAGUCUUGUCAAAUUAUAUGACGAUAUUCGUAUCACAGUACGUCGAGAAGCUGGGAUUAUUUCCAGUGUGUUUCCUCAACCCGCCACUGUCAUGCAAGUCUUAUUGCAGAGAAUUUUUGCGCAAUCGAUCCAAGACCAUAUUGAACUUUUGUUAUCCAGAUCCAAAAAGUAUUCGCGCCUAGCUUAUCUUCGAACAUUAGCAUCUACACACGCAGAGACCAAGAGAUUGAUUGAGAACCUAAAGUUUUAUUGCGAUAAAGAAGUCUCAUUGAAAGAUGCAGCUGAUGUGAAUGGAUUAGUCACCUCUGCAUCGCCUGAUGAAACCUUGGACAGAUGCAUGGAUGAUUUGUUUGUACCCUAUACAGAGGGAGAUCGCUACAUAAAGAAAGAAAUCGAAUCCCUUCAUAAAUUAUUUGGUAAUAUUGUUUCCGACUUUUUAAGCGCCAUGCAACGCAGAAAAAUGACAUCUACUCGUAACCAAUCAGUUUUAACUCGUACUUUAAAUCAAAUUUCAUCUUCCACUUCCACUGGUAAUAUAUUAUCUCCUUCGGUUUCAUCACCAGCGAUCAAUGAAAUUUCUAAUACACCCAAUCCUGGCACAAAUCCAUUUGAAAAGACAGCAACACGUGAAAUCAGUUCAAAUAUCGUUACCGUUGAUGAUAGUGGAUUCACAUUAUUGUCGUCUGAUGCUAUCAUGCGAAUUUUAAAUAUUCAUGCCGAAGGUGUGAUUCGAUGUGUAGAACUAGAGGAUUCACAAGAAUUAUUAUCUUCACUUCGAAAAAUCUAUCAUGUCUUGGUUGAUUUUAUCGGACAAAAGUAUUUGGAUAUCGCAAUGGACGAGACUUUGGAUGAUCUCACUAACACAAAGGAACCAGAAUUAGCAUGUUUUUCCGUAAUUAAAUCCUCAACCGAUAUUGUUCAACUCAUGCAAAAUCAUUUCGAAUCAGCUAUGUUGCCGCUUGUCAUAAGUAUACCAUCUACUCAUAGGGACCUCCUCACAUUAAAAAAUACAUUUAUGGCUACACUGGAACGUAAAAUUAAUAUUGUACUUCAAAAGAGUAUUGAAGGUAUCACCUAUUGGCUUAGUGAAAUACUCAGUCGUCAAAAGAAGAAUGAUUUUAGACCCAAGGAUGAAGAAGGUGCUAUGAUGAGUAUGGGAACGCAACCAUGUAUGCAAAGUGUCGAUUUUAUUACUAGAGUCUAUCGAGCUGCUUCUCAGGCACUUCAAGGAAAGAACUUUGAAGCCUUUUUGAGACGUGUAGGAAAUGCUUUUCAUUCAAUGUUAUUAGAGCAUUUCAAGAAAUUUUUUGUUACCCCAACGGGCGGUCUAUUGGUUACAAAAGAUAUAGCGAAAUAUCAAGAAGUAAUUCGAAUGUUUAAACUUCCAGGACUUGACGAACGAUUUGAAAUGUUGCGACAAUUAGGCAAUAUCUUUGUAGUUAAACCUGAAAUUCUUAAAUCCAUCUUAUCAGAAGGAUAUUUAGCAAGACUUGACCCAUCUGUGCUCUAUCCCUAUCUAGAAAAGAGAAUUGAUUUUAAGACUGCCAAAUUGGAUCGUUUAUUAGGCAUUACAAUGGAUGAUACUGCAGGAGCUUCAUCAUCAGCAGACACAAAUGCAAAUCAACAAGAAUCUUUCAAGAAUACCAAGGGUGGCAAGGCAAAACCUCAAAGAAGAUCAUUAUUCGUGAAUGAUAAUGAGGUAUUGAAGGAUAUCAUGAAGAAUUAUACUAAUAACCGUGAUUUCUUGGCUGCCUUCAAUUUAUCGUAAAAUAGCUCUGUCGCACCACGCCCCCCCCCCCCUUAUCCCCACUAAAAUAAAAAAUAAAAAAACUCCUUUAUAAAAUAAAAAAA